AUGGGUCUUCUCGGGCUUCUCUGUGGCUCCUUUCUCUGGAGAGCCAACAGGAAAAAGAGAGGCUCCGAAGCCUGGGGGGAGGGGAUGGCCCGGAGCUGUCCUGGACAAAUGUGAAGCCGGGGCAGUCCGUUAUUUAGAAGCGGGGCGGGGCGGGGUAAUCAGCAGGUGCGGCCGUGAGGGGAAGCGCAGGAGCCCAGAGACGUGUCCGCUCCGAAAGGGACCCGGCGAGGUCUCGGGGAAGCUGCGCUGAGCGGCUGGCCUGGAGGAGAGCGCGCUCGCUCGCGCGCCCUUUAGCUCGGCUCCUCUUGUGUCACUCGGCACAGGCGGCGUCUGCGUCUGCGGGGAGGCAGGAGAAGCCUCUGGGGCGCAUUCUCCGGCUCCCCGGGGCAGGCAGGGCGAGCACUAGCGCAGAGGAGAGGGCGAGCGGAGGAUGGCCGACGUGUUUAGCGGGCGCAUCCUUGUCAACAAGGACGGGGACGCCGUGGAGCCCGAGGAGGUGCUGCAGAACAAGGUGGUGGGCUUGUACUUCUCCGCGGGCUGGUGCUCGCCGUGCCGGGACUUCACCCCGCUCCUCUGUGACUUCUACACGGAGCUGGUGGAAGAAGCCCAGCCGCCCGCCCCCUUCGAGGUGGUCUUCAUCUCCUCGGACCGGACCCCGGAGGAGAUGGCCGAUUACAUGCACGACAUGCACGGGGAGUGGCUGGCCCUGCCUUUUCACGACCCUCUCAAGCACGAUUUGAAGAAGAAGUACAACAUCACGGCCAUCCCUAAGCUGGUGGUUGUGAAACAGACUGGAGAAGUCAUCACGGACAAAGGACGGAAGCAAAUCCGAGAACAAGGACUCUCCUGCUUCCAAAGCUGGCUGGAGGGAGCCGACAUCUUCCAGAAUUUUUCUGGCUGAAUUUGGAGAGAUGGCAGAGAUGGUAGCAGGAGGCCUGGGGAUAGUCACAUCCCCUGCAGUCGUGUUGCCGACUGUUCUUAGCAUAAUGCAAGCAAAGCAAAGGGUAAAGGCACUAGCUUUCUAUUGGGUGUUGCUAUGUGUUCAGGAUAGAGGCCCCAGGAAAGAGCACGAGGUACAGAGUUCUCAGGAAAAAUCUCCCCCCUUUCUAAUCAGUGUAGGGUCCUUUGUCACUGAAGAGUGACUCUGGGAGCCCUACCGAGGGCUUAACGAACCUGCUCCUACGCCAGUCUUGAAAAGCUACGCACAGAUUCAGGCCAAGGAGCAGAGCAGGCAUUUCUUCAUCUAACAGAGUUCUGCUGAUGAACCUAUUUUGCUAAUACAAAUAGACAAACGACUUUAUUCAUGCAGUUUAUGUUUGCUUCAAUAAACAACCCUAUUUCUGUUA